AUGUAUUCAAAAGGCAAAAAAGAACAGCAGCCUGCAAAGGAUCUCAAGAUUUAUGAACUAGAGCUGCUUGUAAAGGACCUGAAGACAGAACUUAAGGAGUGCAAUGGCUUAAAAGACAAGCUUGAGCUUGCUAACAGAAAUUCUUGUGUUCUUGAAGAAGAAAAUGUCAAUCUUAUAAGAACUCUUAAGACCAUGGGAAAUGUUAAAACUGACUCCCAAAAUUCGACUACUAGCGCAGGAGCCAUGAAACUUAUCAGUGAAAAUGAGGAUCUUCGGCGGGCCCUAGAAAAUUCAUUAUCAGAUCUCGAAAAGACCAAAGAAGGCUUUCAAGACCUAGUAUUAAAAUUAGAAGGCCAGAUUCGUCAGAUAUCUGAGGAGCGUGACAAUAUAGCAAAGGAAAAUGAACGCCUUGUAAAAGACCUCGAUUCAUCAAGGCAUCAGUAUUUUGAGUUGAAAAAUGCUUUGGACGACGAGCUGGCGAUUUCAAAAGCUGAAAUAGGUGUAUUACUUCGAGAAAAGGAACGUUUGGUCGAAAAAAAUGACUAUGUAAUAUCUUCAAAGAAAUCCACUGAUGUAUCAAAAGGUGGGAAUUUAGAGUCCCACUCAAAGUCUGACGCGGCUUCAAUUUCUUUGAAAGAACGAUUGUUAAAAGAAGAUGUUGAGGAACUCGAAGUAAAAUUGAAGGCGUCAGCGGAGCGGCUUUGGCAGAAGGAAAAUGAGUGGCUUCUUGCUGAGGCCAAAUUUAGAAGUGAAAUAUCAGCAUUGAGGGAUAAUAAAAACAAAAAAACAAAUGAUAAGGAGGUUUAUCGUGCAUUGCAUGAUCAAAUUUCCACCCUCAAACGAGAUCUUGCUGCACUUCGAGAAAAUACAUUUUCAGUUUGCCGAAAUUUAAAUACAAAACAUGUCCGCAAAGAUUUUGCAUUAUUUUCGACUGAAGAUAUGAUGAUUAAUAUCGAUAGCAGCAAUCCUUCUAUUGAUCUUAUAAAUAAAGAUGAGAACAUUUUGCCACAAAGUCAAGUGGUUUUGCAGAAUCGUGUCAAUUCUCUUAUAAAGGAAAGGGACGACCUUCACGAGGAUCUGGACAAUUUAAAGACUACAUUACUUCAGUUUUUAUCAGAUAUUGAGGAUAGGGAUAUUUACUGUAAGGAACUUGAAAUCAAGUUGGCUACUUCAAACCAGUUGAAUUACACAACGAUCCAAACCAAACCAGAUAGUCCACUUGUAUUAGAUUACGGACUUGAAAGGAAAAGUAAGCAUUUGACACGAAACUCAAAGUUUACACAGGAUGCUGAAGUAAAGGCUCUGAAAGGGGAACUAAAAGAGUUGCAAGGUCAACUGAACGAUUUGCAUGCCAUCCAAGAACAAAAAGAUGCCAUACAUAAUGUUCGUUUAACAGAAUACCAAAGGCAAAUAGAAGAACUUCUUGACGAAAACAAUAGUCUUUGUCAAAGACUGAAGAGCUCUUCUUGUGAGAAAACGCGUUUAAAUAUCAAUGGUCAAGAUGGUCUUGAAGAUGUGCUGGAUUUUCUAAGGGAUAAACGAGAAUCAGUUGAUGAAGUUAUGUGUCACCUUGAGUCCAUGUGGGCCAAGGAGGAAGAAGCAUCACGUCAAAUAAGGAAAUCCAACAAUCAAGGCAUAGCAAUGACUCGAUAUGAUGCAAUAAAAGAGGAUGACAUGCGCCAACUUCAAAGAACCAUAGUUGAUCUUGAAAAUCAAUUGGUUACUGAACAGAGCAAUCAUAACCUUAUUGAUAAACUUAGAGGUGAGCUUGUUCAAAAAAAUAACGAAAUAUUGUUUCUGAGCGAUGAAAUUAACAUUUUAAGUGAAGAUCUACAUGAUGCAAAGAGAAAUACACUAGUAAGUAGUAGAAUUUCUGAAAGGGAGGGGAGAAUUUCCAAACGAAGAUCACGCAGUGCAAGAACUGUAUCAUCACGGAGGUCACAUGUAAAUACACAUGACAGCAAGAUUAAUGCUCUCGAACAACAACUUGUUCAAGCUCGGAGUGAAAUCAAUUUGAUACACUCACACAUCUUGAAGUCCUCCGGGCGUGGUAUGUCUGCAAGCAAACAGGUGACUUCCAUUAAUUCACAAGUGGGAACACCUGAAAAAACUGUCUUGUUACACAAUACCACCCACUCUUCUGAAGGGACCAGUAAAAUAGAAAUUCUAGAGGGUGCCCAUCUUGCCAUUACAAUUGUUGAAUUAUCAAAUUUGAUGCGUAAAGGAUGUCUGAUUACAGAUCCUGGGCAUGUUAUUAUUAAGCUCAAAUCGAUGAAAGAAAAGUAUAAAACAUCUGUUAAAGAAUUGAAGACAAUAAUCAAAUUCGAUGAAGCGUUUCAUUUUUUUCUCGCCAAGCCUACUCAGGACGUGAUUACUUUGCAUGUUUUUUACAAAUCAAAGAAUAACUCCUAUCUAUAUCACAUAGGCGAUGCAUGUUUUUCAAUGGCGACACUUUGUAGAGGAGUCCCGCGCCGCCGUACCGUUCCCGUGGUACAAUACCCUGGUACCGAUGACGCCUGCCGGGCGGCAGGUAUUGAAAUAAUUCUGCAAACUAAUGAUUUUGGAAGGAUACAUCAUCCAUCCGAUGCUGAACUAAAAGAAGAGGAUUUACGGUAUAAAAAUUUGACCGAAAAUUUUGAAAAAACUGCUCCCGAAAAACUUCAUGCAGUAGAUAUUUACAUGGCAUCUAGUGCGCUUUUGUAG